GGGGAGGUCCCGGCGAUGCGGGCGGUGCUGCGGCGGGGGCGGCUGCCCGGGCCCGGGGGGGUGCCCCGGGGUCCCCCCCUUACCGUGGACCUGCGGAGCGACACGGUGACCCGGCCGUGCGCGAGGAUGCGCCGCGCCAUGGCCCGCGCUGCCGUGGGCGACGACGACUACGGGGAGGACCCGACCGUGAACGAGCUGCAGCGCCUGGCCGCGGGGACUCUGGGGAUGGACUCAGCUCUGUUCGUGCCCACGGCCACCAUGGCCAACCUCAUCGCUGUGAUGUGCCACUGCCAGCGCAGGGGGGCUCAGCUCUUCCUGGGCCGGGACAGCCACCUGCACCUGUACGAGCACGGCGGGGCCGCGCAGGUGGCCGGUGUGCACUCCCAGCCACUGCCGGAUCUGCCCAGCGGCACGUUGGACCUGGAGCAGCUGGAGCUGGCCAUCCGCGAGGCCCAGGGCAGCCGGUACCACCCGCGCCCUGAGCUCAUCUGCCUGGAGAACACGCACAGCUCGGCGGGGGGCCGGGCGAUGCCCCUCACCUAUCUCAGCCAGGUCCGUGGGCUCGCAGACCGUUACGGGCUGCGGGUGCACAUGGACGGCGCACGACUGAUGAACGCAGCAGUGGCACAGGGUGUGGAGCCAGCUCAGAUUGCCCGGCACUGUGACUCUGUGUCCCUCUGCUUCUCCAAGGGCCUGGGCGCCCCGGCCGGGGCGGUGCUGGCGGGGAACAGGGGAUUUGUCAGCGAGGCCUGGCGAGCGCGGAAGGUGCUGGGGGGCGGCAUGCGGCAGGCGGGAGUGCUGGCGGCCGCUGCCCGCCUCGGGCUGCAGCACGGCGAGGUGACACUGCGCGGGGACCACGGCAACGCCCGGCGCUUCGCCGAAGGUAUCCACGCGCUGGACUCUGCCGUCUGCUCCGUCAGCCCGGCAGCGGUGGAGACCAACAUAGUGAUGGUCAGUGUGCGGGGGCCCUGGCCGAGCCCCGCCGAGCUCUGUGCCCGCCUGCGAGCCGUCAGCGAGGAGGAGGUGGCCGAGACCGGGCGGGCUGUCAGCGUGCUGCUGCUCCCCUGGGCGGCACGGACUGUGCGGGCGGUCUGGCACCGCGGCGUCUCGGCCCGUCACACCGAGCUCGCCAGGAGAAAGCUGGAAUUUGUGGCCAGGAAGUGCCAGGAGGAACUGGCCUUGGGGCUGCAUCCAGCGCCUGCAGGCGCUGGGGGAGCCUGAGCGCGCUGCCCGCCCCGCAGCUGCCGCGCUUAGGGCUGGGACCAGCCCCUCCGUGCUCCUGAUGUGUUCCCAGCCAUCCGAAACUUGAUAUCAGCCUCACAGGCAGCCUGACAAACCACAGUCAGCCCAGCCUAGCGGAGAUCCAGGCACCUACCCCAGCCACCCUGUUUGCCACAUGCAAAGCUUGGUUAGCUAAGCCACACGAAUAGCCAGGUACCCAGGUACUUGUCAAGUUGUGGUUCCUUUCACACUUCGGGAGUUUGAAGAGUAUCGAGCCACUGGGUUUUUGGAACCUACAGCCCAGCUUGCUUUUUAAUUCCAUACAGCCCCUAUGUUCCCCUGCUCCCAGACCAACAAAACACUUGCAGUUUCCUUUGAAGCAGGAAAAAUCUUUGUUUUAGCUUCUUCAUUUAAUAUAUCUAAGUCCUUUGUUCUUUUUAUUUUAAGCAGUCCUGAUCUAUUUGUGGGCUACCUUUUAGCUAAGCUAGUAAGAGUUGAAAAAUAGGAAUAAAAUGAGUUUUAGCAUGAUGUGCAUUACUGUGUUUCAGUAACCUUCCUGUUUAUCAUUAGGGCAAAAUAGAAGAAAAUAAUUUCUUCUGAACCUGAUUUCCUUUUCUAGUAUAUAUAAUUUGUUGAUUUCUAGCUCAAGGAGCAUCUUAGUUUAGUCUAUAGUGGGAAAGCUGAGGGAGCAUCAGGAAUUUUAGCACCUGUCAUAUGUGAUGAAGUUCCUGUUUUAUGCUCAUCCUACAUUCAUACCUAGUGAAAAUACAGAUGGUGCUGGUUUGUAUUUCUGAAACCUUCCAUUAGCAGUUUCCAUCUUUGUAGCAGCACCAGUGGGGGGCAGGGGGGGAGUACAUGAACGUUUAUAAUCAGGGUGAAAUCUUUGUCCGUGCUACGUAGGUACGAUAACACAACUUGCAGGAAAGUACAGCUGCCAAUGAAAACAAGUUUCAGCUCUGCUCAUGGAUUUUUUAUCCAGAUGAAUGCUGAUUGUUCAGCAUUACCUAAUGGCCACCUUCCUGCAGAAUUUACAAAAGUAUCUACAAACUGUGUUUUAGCAUAAU